AUGGUCGCCUUCCAGGAACGAUGGUUGAAGGGGAAGAGGAAGGCAGCCGCCGCCCGUCGGGAGCAAGAGCUGCAGGCGCAGCUGGCAGCUGCAACGCGUCGCGGAAACGAUCUGCAGGCGCAGUUAGAUGGCCUUACUGCGCAGCUGGAAGCUGCAACGCGUCGCGGCAAGGAUCUGGAAGCGCAGUCAGAUGGCCUUACUGCGCAGCUGGAAGCUGCAACGCGUCGCGGCAAGGAUCUGGAAGCGCACUGGGCUGCAACGCGUCGCGGCAAGGAUCUGGAAGCGCAGUCAGAUGGCCUUACUGCGCAGCUGGAAGCUGCAACGCGUCGCGGCAAGGAUCUGGAAGCGCAGUCAGAUGGCCUUACUGCGCAGCUGGAAGCUGCAACGCGUCGCGGCAAGGAUCUGGAAGCGCAGUCAGAUGGCCUUACUGCGCAGCUGGAAGCUGCAACGCGUCGCGGCAAGGAUCUGGAAGCGCAGUCAGAUGGCCUUACUGCGCAGCUGGAAGCUGCAACGCGUCGCGGCAAGGAUCUGGAAGCGCAGUCAGAUGGCCUUACUGCGCAGCUGGAAGCUGCAACGCGUCGCGGCAAGGAUCUGGAAGCGCAGUCAGAUGGCCUUACUGCGCAGCUGGAAGCUGCAACGCGUCGCGCAAGGAUCUGGAAGCGCAGUCAGAGCCUUACUGCGCUGGAAGCUGCAACGCGUCGCGGCAAGGAUCUGGAAGCGCAGUCGCCUUACUGCGCAGCUGGAAGCUGCAACGCGUCGCGGCAAGGAUCUGGAAGCGCAGUCAGAUGGCCUUACUGCGCAGCUGGAAGCUGCAACGCGUAUCUGGAAGCGCAGUCAGAUGGCCUUACUGCGCAGCUGGAAGCUGCAACGCGUCGCGCAAGGAUCUGGAAGCGCAGUCAGAUGGCCUUACUGCGCAGCUGGAAGCUGCAACGCGUCGCGGCAAGGAUCUGGAAGCGCAGUCAGGCCUUACUGCGCAGCUGGAAGCUGCAACGCGUCGCGGCAAGGAUCUGA